CAUCAACAUUUUUUUGUUAUUUUUUAGAGCGACAUUUUUAUUAUUUUGAAUAUUUUUUAAAGUUGCCUCCUACAAUGACUGCAAUAAGCACGCGACCAAAGUCUCCGACACGUACCGAGGUCAUCGCUAAGAGUCUCGUACCUGGGACCAACUAUUGCACUGGAGUACUUUUAGGUAAUUGGGUCGAGGAUAGAAUUGAGUGUCCCAGAGGUGGGACCUAUUAUUUUCCACCGAAAGAAGAGAUCGACUAUGUGAAAUUGAAGCCAGAAUCAAGACAGCCUGAUUUUCGUUUGAAUAAAUUAAGCAGUUUGCAGGGCUCCGUUCAUUCGAUAAUCCGCCACGACAGCCACGACAAAUGCGGAAACUUCACCACUACCACCGACUUGGUGUACAACCAUCUUCCCCGCCCACUGUGUGGACCAGACCAACGCUAUUACAAACGCUGCGCACAUCAGUUCUACCCGCAGCCUGAUCUUAUGAAGUGUUUCGGCAAUUUGACAGCGUGGGGCCUGAAGAAAUAUCUCGAACACGAGUGGAAGUGCACCGAUGUAUCGGAUUAUUCGUCGACCCUGUAUGAAGAUACAUACGUCCCGCCCAGACCUCAUCAGUAUUUGCAACGUUGUGAAAGAAAAGCAAGAAAUUCGUUAGUUAUUUUUUCUAUUAGUUAUCAGAAUUAUUUCUUUUUCCUCUCACUUACAAACUGUGGAAGUAACUUUUUGCUGUUGUGGUUGUGGUCAUCAAACGCUGACAGCGCAAAAAUACCUACUUUAAUUCCUGUCCAGUAAUAUAAAAUCCAUGAUUGAGGAUUGAGGGCGCCACAUACUGCCUACAAUGGAAGAAAUUAUAACACUUUUUUUCCGUAACAUGGCGAGGUAUUUUAUUUUUAUUGUCAAUUGAUACAAUAUCUACUAGAGCCGUGAUAGUCCAGUGGAUAUAACUUCUGCCUUCGAUUCAGAGGACGUAGGUUCGAAUCCGGCCCGGGACAUGCACCUCGUAACUUUUCAGAAAUUUUAGUCUACGUGUGAAGUAUGUCAAUCCGCUU